UUCUUUAUUUUUCUUCUUUUGGUUCGUGCCCAGGAUCAAUCAGGAUUCCUAAGCAUAGAUUGCGGGAUAGCGGAAAAUGCAGGCUAUGCCGAUGCCAAAACCGGCAUAAGCUACAUUUCAGAUGCAAGCUUCAUGGACACUGGUGUUGCAAAGGGCAUAUCACCUGAAUUUCAGACUAAUAGCAUUGAGCAGCAAUUCUUGUACGUGACGAGCUUCCCACAAGGCAUAAAAAAUUGUUACACCCUAACUCCUCCGCGAGGCAAAGGCAAUAAGUAUUUGAUCAGAACAAGGUUCAUGUAUGGAAAUUAUGACUCCAAAAGUCAACUCCCCCAGUUCGACUUGCAUCUUGGAGUUAAUGUGUGGGAUUCUGUGACAUUGGUGAAUGCAUCUGUUAUAACAACCAAAGAGAUUAUACAUGUCCUCACAUCGGAUAGCAUAUAUGUCUGUCUGGUGAACACUGGCCUUGGAACACCUUUUAUAUCAGCACUGGAGUUAAGGCUUUUGAAUAGCUCCAUGUAUACAACUGACGCAGGAUCAUUAUCUCACAUCUUGCGUUUGGAUUUAGGUUCAUCAACCAAUGAGUUUGUCAGGUAUAAAGAUGAUAUUUAUGAUCGCAUUUGGGCGCCGCCCGUAAAUUCAGACAACUGGGGAAUGAUAAGCACCCAGUUGACUGUUGACUCUCAAUCUCACAACAUGUUCUAUCCACCAUCAAAGGUCAUGCAGACAGCCUUCACAUCCCUAAAUAAUAGCAAAUCCUUCAGAUUAUACUGGAAGCCUGAUGAUCCCACUUCUAAAAUUUAUUUCUAUCUGUACUUUGCGGAAAUUGAGCUACUCAAAGCAAACCAGUCCAGAGAAUUCAACCUCUACUUGAAUGGGAACCUCUGGUAUGGACCUGUUGUUCCUAACUACUUGUACACAAACACGAUAUACAGCUCGUCUCCAGAGACGGGAUCAGAGUACAGCAUUACACUAAAUCAAACUGCCAAUUCAACCCUCCCACCCCUAGUCAAUGCCAUUGAGAUUUAUAUGGUAAAACAGCUUUUUCAAUCAGAGACAACACGAGCUGAAGUUGACGCUGUUGUGAAUAUUAAGUCAACAUAUGGUGUGAAUAAAAACUGGCAAGGAGAUCCAUGUGUCCCAAAAGCCUACUUGUGGGAUGGCCUUAACUGCACUUACGAUGGUUUCAACCCCCCAAGGGUCAUAUCCUUGAACUUGUCUUCAAGUGGAUUAGCUGGACAGAUACCACCUUCGAUAUCCAACCUCACAAUGAUCCAGUAUUUGGAUUUGUCCAACAAUAAUUUGACUGGGUCAGUGCCUGCUUUCCUAUCUCAGCUGAUAUUCCUCAGGGUCCUAAAUUUGUCUGGGAACAAUUUCACAGGUUCUCUUCCAGAGGAACUCAUUCAAAAAUCAAAGAAUGGAUCACUGUCACUGAGUGUGGAUGCAAAUCUUUGUUCAUCGUUGCCGUGCAACAAUGACAACUACGACAAUGACAAUCACAACAAGAAGUUUGUCAUUCCAGUUGUAGCAUCAGUUGCUGCAUUGCUCAUCAUCUUAGGCGCACUGGCUGUCUUCUGGUUCCUUAAAAGGAGAGAAGAAGGCAGGAAGAUGGGGAGAGUGGAAACUGAAACAAAUAAAAAAGAUGGACCAUUGGAGCCGAAGAAACGACAAUUCACAUACUCAGAAGUACUGAAAGUUACCAAAAACUUUGAGAGGGUCAUAGGGAAAGGUGGAUUUGGAACAGUUUACCAUGGUUACUUAGACGGCACUCAAGUAGCUGUGAAGAUGCUUUCUCCAUCUUCAGUUCAAGGUUACAAUGAGUUUCGAAAUGAGGCAGAACUUCUUAUGAGGGUGCAUCAUAGAAACUUAACUUCCCUUGUUGGGUAUUGCAAUGAAGGCACAAGCAUUGGGCUUAUCUAUGAAUACAUGUCUAAUGGGAACUUAGGAGAUUAUCUGUCAGGUAUUACAAAUGCAAAUGCCUUUAGCUGGGAAGAAAGACUAUGGAUAGCAAUUGAUGCAGCUCAAGGAUUGGAGUAUCUGCACAAUGGUUGUAAACCUAUAAUUGUUCACAGAGAUGUGAAGUCUUCAAACAUCUUACUGAAUAAAGAAUUCCAGGCAAAGAUAGCUGACUUUGGGCUGUCUAGAGCUUUUCCAACUGAAGGCGGCACUCAUGUGUCAACCAGAGUUAUUGGUACCCCAGGGUACCUUGACCCUGAGUAUCAUUUAACAAACUGGCUGAAUGAGAAAAGUGAUGUUUUUAGUUUUGGUAUUGUCCUUUUGGAGAUAAUCACGGGUCGUCCUGCGAUUGGAAGAGAUGCUGAAAAGACUCACAUAAUUCGAUGGGUCAGUCCCUUGCUUGAAAAUGGGGAUGUUAGAAAUAUUCUUGAUCCAAGGUUGCCUAGAGAAUUUGAUAUUAAUUCUGUUUGGAAAGCUAUAGAAUUAGCAAUGGCUUGUGUGUCCCAGACCUCCCCACAAAGGCCAACCAUGAAUUAUGUAGUGAUGGAGUUGAAGGAGUGUUUUGCAUUGGAGAAAGCACGGUCUAAGGAGAAGCAUGAGAGUGAGUCAAUGAAUUCAAGUGAAGUGAUCCCUCUAAAUCUAGAUUCUCUACUGAGUCCCACAGCAAGGUAA